UUUUGAGUCCAGCUUGUACUGUCACCCACUCAUCAUUUUCAACAAUUCCUCGGCUCCAACGUUAAUCUCGGCUGUCCUUUGCUCACACCCAUGUCUCCUUUGUCGCCUCUGCAGCUCUGUAAAUUACCAUGUUGGUAGCUUUGGGAGGCAAAACCAAAAAGAAAGCAGUACCCCAAAAUGUUCAGGUAAAUAACAACAUUUCUGAAACACUCUACGGAGAAAACAGGGCAAAGGGUCUCAUACCCCAUGCCCUAAAUUGAAAUGAAUUAGAUACCAUUUUGUUUGGCCUCCCUCUGUUAUUUAUUUGUGUAUUUGAUCUUUGAAAAUAGAUAGUCUUAUUGGUUUUUCAAGAGUCAAAUCGAAGUUCAUGGCAGGAUGGUCGUCUUUAACACCUGGGUCUGUUUUAGAUUGUGUCGAAACUAAUGAUGCAUAUCAGAAAAAUGGUAGUUGCAUUGGUAGUGAUAUUGAUGUAAGAGAUGGUGUUGAAUGUGAUGAGGAUGAUGAUGAGGUUAGGCUAAGAUGUACAUUUGAUCAAGUUCUAUCUGUUUUUGUUAAGGAAAUUGGUGAUAGAGGUGUUGUUAGGCCCAUCCCUGCCGUGAUUGAUGAUAGGCAGCCUGUUGAUUUGUUCAAAUUGUUCUGUUUGGUGAGAGAUAGAGGUGGGUAUGAUUGGGUUUCGAAGAACAGUUUGUGGUCUUUUGUGGCCAAAGAGUUGGGUUUGGAUAGUGGAGCAACGGCUUCUGUGAAAUUGAUUUACUUCAAGUAUUUGAAUGAGCUGGAGAAAUGGUUUAGGGAGAGUUGUAAAAGUAGGAGCUCCGGAAAUGGGCAGUCUGGCUUGUAUGGGGAGUUUCAGUUGUUGUCUUCGGAGUUGGAGAGAGAGUUUAGAGAUUUGUUGUUGGAUGGGCCUGAGCAGAAGGAAAAAGGUGAUGGACCGGUUCAGUUUGAAUCUGAUGAAAAUGGAAAGAUUGAAUUUAAUCUUUCAGAUACCAAAGAUGCAUAUGGAAUGCAUGCUGGUGCCGACCAGUGCAAGGAUGAUGAUGACGAAAAAGUUUGUAAUGAUGAUCAGAAUGGUGUUUUGAUAUCACUCGAUAGUCUCAAUAAAAAAGAAAAUGAUCGUAAAAGAAAGCGAGAAUCCUUAUCAGGAAUGCUGAAUUGGGUAGUUCAGAUUGCAAAGCAGCCAAAUGAUCCUUCAAUUGGAGUGAUACCAGGGCCAACUAAUUGGAGGGAGCAUAAGGGCGAUGAGUGCUGGUUCCAGGUAAUUAGAGCAAGGGAAGCAUUGCUGCUAAGAAGGAAUGUUGAUUCAAAGACUGAAGAAUCUCUCCUGCAGAAGAAACUAAAGACGCAUCCAUUGUUGUAUGAAGAUAAUGUUGUUGCUGGUCACCAGUCCUCGGAGAGGUUAAGAUGCAGUGAAAGGUUUCCUAAUUCUGUGAAAUCUCGCUCGUGCCCUUGUUGCAGUUCAUGUUCAGUCCCUCAGAGUAAUUUGAUAAGUCCUCGUAAAAAAGUGUUGGAUAACAAUUCUAAGGAGCAAGCACCUGAGGAAGUAGAUUUAUUGGCCACAAAUACAAUGGUUUGCCCAUCUGUGGAUGCUCCCCAUGAAAAGCACGUCUCUGUAGGCACUCUCUUUCAAGCUGAUGUGCCCGAAUGGACUGGCGUGGCUUCUGAAAGUGAUAUUAAAUGGCUAGGCACACGGGUAUGGCCCUUACAAUAUGAAAAAGACAGCUCCCUUCAUGAAGCAGAUCUCACUGGCAAAGGAAGACCAGAUUUGUGUGGCUGUCAACUUCCAGGUUCUGUUGUAUGUAUCAGAUUUCACAUUGCUGAGGCGAGGAUGAAACUGAAGAGAGAACUUGGUUCCUUGUUCUAUCGUUGGCGAUUUGAUCGUAUGGGUGAGGAAGUUUCUCUUCAGUGGACAGCUGAAGAAGAAAAGAGAUUCAAGGAUUUGGUAAAGUCAAAUUCUCCUUCCUUUUGGAAUAGAGCAUCCAGGUGGUUUCGUAAAAAAACAAGGGAAAACUUGGUAAGCUAUUACUUCAAUGUGUUUCUUGUCCAAAGCAGAAGUUAUCAAAAUCGUGUAACUCCAAAAAAUAUUGAUAGUGAUGAUGAUGAAACAGAAUUUGGAUCAUUUAGUAAUGGUUUUAGGCAUGAUGCAGUUGAAGUUUCAGCCAAUUUUGUGGCAUGUUCCCAGAAUCAGCAGUGCCCUGAUUUGGAUUAGAUAAAAAAUGAUGUCCAGGAGUUAGACAAUCGUACUGGGGGCUUGAACCGCUGCGUUAACUUAUACAACUUUAAAUGGUGAUGCAAUUUUGAGGAGUGCACGCCGUGGUGGAAUCGGACCUGGUGGAGUUCAUGAUGAGGCCAGAAGGUAGAAGUUGUGGAAUGCGCUGACGAAUUCUGUUGGUUCUCAACAGGGUCUUCAGUUGUCAUUUUAGAGAACUAUACUACUGUUUUGGAUGGCUGAAUCGUGAAUAUUGUAUCUAAUACCAGGUUUUGUAACCUCUGGGAUACAAUCAUACAUCUUUAAGUAGAUAGGGAAACAUGAAAGAGGCACAUAGUUGUCGAGGUUUUCGUUUUUUUUUUUUUUUUUUUCCCUAAAGUUGAGCAUAGGGGCACUAAAAUGCUGUGAUACUUUUAUUUUCAUAUUUCAGGAAAAAUGAGCAUAUGGGGACUAAAUUCUGUGAUACUUUUCUUUUUCAUAUUUCAGAUAUGUGAUUUCGUCUCUGCCA